AUGGAUCACAAAAGCGUCGUCUUCGCGUCCGUCUUCCCGGUUCCUUCGCUCUCGCAUACCACGCCGACGCCCAUUGCGACGCCAGUCCUGGGAUACGCGUCCUUUGGGCCGUCAUUUGAGGGCCCAGCUGCGGAUACUGCGGGCGCCCAGCAGCGCGCUGUGAGGCGGAACGUCGCAUGGAGCACGGCGACGCGGUUCUUGAGUCUGCCGAAGACGCAGAUCGCUGCGGAUGCAUCGUUUGAGGUGCGGAAUAGGGCACAGCGGACACCUGAUGUGGAGGAGGCGCUGGAGUAUUUGCUUGUGGGUGAGGGGAGGAGCGAGGAUGAGAGGGAGCAGGGGAUUGUGGAGUGGUUUGCGAAUGAGGCGACGCUGCAUUUUGCGGCGGUUGUGAGGCCGAGGGUAGCGGCGCUGUGGGAGAAGGAAGUCCACUUAUCCCAGGCAUGUGAGGUGCUGGACCAGACGCAGCGGAUCCUCGAGCGUGCACAGAAUCUCUACUUCCAACCUUUUGCCGAUCACCUUCUCCCUUUUCUACACCGACAUGCGGCUGCUUCUUCGUCUUCCACGGUACGACACUACGAAUUCGCGGAACCCCGACGGCCUUCCGAGGCAGACAUCGCGAGGCAGCGGUUUCAACGAGAGAUCCACGCCGCCUUCACAUACUGUGUCUCUGCUCGACGUUUCACGAAAACCCUAAGCUAUGCCCUCUACGACAUGGGCUGCGCCGUGUUCCGCGUCUACAUCCGCCAGGAGGCAGGAUCCCCGCAAGCCAAAUUCGACAACAUUUCCGACUCCCGUCGACGCAUGGUCAGUCUCCUGCAAGGACUAGAACGCGUGGGCCUGGGCGGCGAUAAUGCGCAGAGGGCAUUUGCGCAUGCGAUGGAUAAACUCAUGGGUUCGUUUAUCGACAGUCAUUACACGAAAGUGGACUGGUAUUCUCGGAAAUCCGUGGUUCCGCACCUCCGCAUGUUCAUCCGGGACGGCUUCUGCCCCCUCGCCGAGCUGGUGCUGGAGUGCCUGAAGUGUCAGCCCAGCAGUAUCGACGCCAAGGAGCUGCAGGUAUGGCAGGAUAUGGCGCUGGGCAGGUUGGGUCGCGCGAGAGUCGAGGACCUAUUCGACUAUGUGAUCCGCUGGGAUAAGAGCCUGGGUGCGAUAUGUGAUUUGAAGGAGUAUCUGAAACUGCCGGGCGCGAAGCAACACCUUACGUCGAAUUUCUCGCAGCAGGUUUCGAGGAGGUUAUUACAUCCCGGGGCGACGACGACGUUCAUACUGAACGUGUAUAUCUCGGUAAUUCGGGCAUUUCACGAGUUGGAACCCAAGGGGGUGUUGUUGGAACGCGUGGCGAGGCCUAUACGACGGUAUCUCCGAGAGAGAGAAGAUACUGGGAGGAUUAUCAUAGCGAGUUUACUCGUUGAUCCGAACGAUGGCGGAAGUUCGGCUAAGACGGCCGCCGGCGUCGAGAUAUCGUAUGAGAUCGCGAAAGAGAUGGCGAAACCCCUAUCGAACUUCAGCUCUGCCGACGCCGACGACGAACUCGACUACGGCGACAUGAAUUGGCAGCCUCUCCCGAGCGAUGCGUCUCCCGAGUACAAGAAAUCCAAGGGGGAGGACGUGAUUUGGUUCCUGCUGAGUCUGUGGGACCGCGACGACUUCAUCAGCGAGUUGAAGAAUAUCCUCGGCGAUCACUUGCUUCGAUGCCAGGACCCGGAGUACGAGAAAGAGAUUCGGUUGUUGGAGCUUAUUAAGGUGAGAUUGGGAGAUGAGAAGUUGCAGGCUUGCGAGGUCAUGCUGCGGGAUGUGCUGGAUUCGAAGAGGAUCAAUGCCGCGACGAGGAUCAAUGAGGAGAAGGAGAAGGUGCUAAAGACGCCCGAGAAGCGCGCACCGCGUACGCCUGAAAAUGCAGGACCACGGACUCCGAGGACGCGGCGGGCGGCGGCGGCGGCGGCAGCAGCGGCAGAGGCAGCGUCGGCUUCAACGCAGCAAAAGCAUGCAGCACCUGCACCGAAGCUCAACGCGCAGAUCCUUUCAUCCUUUUUCUGGCCGCCCCUCCGGGAUGACGAGUUCCUCGUCCCGCCACAGAUACAGGCGCUACAGAAGGAGUAUGAGGUGCGGUUCGAGCGCAUCAAGGGGAUGCGCAAGUUGCGCUGGAUGAACGCUCUCGGGGAUGGGAGUAUCACGCUUGAGUUGGAGGAUCGGAUGGAGGAGUUUGAUCACUUGACGCCGUGGCAGAUUAGCGUUAUUUGUGCGUUUCAGGAGGGAGGAGAAGAAGGAGGUGAAGGGGAUGGGGGGUUUGGCAAGAGUAGUAGUACAAGAAACAGCUCCGGAGGGAAGAACAAGAGUACGGGUACUGCUGGUGAGGGCCAUGCAGGUAAGAAGAGUGUGACGCGGACAGCAGAGCAGCUGGAAGAAAUGCUGCAAAUGGACGAGGACCUUGUCCAGCAGGCCCUGGCGUUUUGGACAAGUAAGUCCAUCCUACGGGAAACGGAGCCGGAAAGCGGCAUCUACGAAGUGAUUGAGAAUCUCUCCUCCUCGUCCUCGUCCUCCACAGCAAAAACCCCCGGCUCCGCCUCGAAACCUACAACCUCGUCAUCGACCGCCGCGGCUACGGCCACAGAAGCGGGAGCCGUCCGCUCGCAAGCCUCCAUCUUCGCGUCCAAGAAGGAAAUCUACCAAUCCUUUGUCAUUGGCAUGUUGACGAAUCAGGGGAAUGCGCCCGUGAGUCGGAUAUUGAUGAUGAUGCGGAUGGUUUUGCCGGGCGGGUUUCCGUACGGGGAGGAGGAGCUCAGGGUGCUUUUGGAGGAGAUGGUGGAGGAGGGGAGGGUGGUGGGGUUUGUUGGGGGGGUGUUUGGUGUGAAGGGGAAUUGA